AUGCACCACAUUCACGAUGAACAAGCGCCACACAGUGUAGCAAAUGAGGAGGAAGUUGCGACAUCGCCCGAAGCUCAUUUCCACAUCGGGAAAUCCCAAAACUACCCAGAGAAUAUUACGCUGUUCCUCCAGAGGAACUUAGGGGAUCCUGCUGUGAAAGACUUUUUACCCAAGCUUCAGCGCUUCCUCCUGCCCAAAAUUAAGGAGAUCUUAACUGGAGAAAGGAGUUUUUCAGAUCGUAACAAUUCCACCGCUGUCCCAGGAACUACUAGUACCCCAGCAUCUUCAGACUCAGAAGGCCAUGUCUUUAUUAAGGCCGAUUGCAUGUACAGACACAAUCUGAUGCGUCUCAAUCACACAACGUAUGAUGUCCGCCGAGCACAGGACAUUAUAAAUCCAUCAACAUCACACUGCAAUAUCAUGCUCCUGGGACAAGCUGGCGCCACGACCAAUUUGGAGUCUGACGACCAAUGA